UCCCCCUCAUGUUGCACUUUCAAAAAAGUUAACAUGUCUAAUCCAACAAAAUUCAUGAAACUGUUAAUAAAACUUUUUUAACUGUUUUUUCAGAUAUGCCCCCACUACUCAUGACGAGCGCCUCAAUCCCGAUUCGCUUGAAAUGACACCUGAAUCAAUUCAUUGGUAAUUAAUAACUAACACUUUCUAAUAUAAAACAGUAUAAUUGAUACAUCUAAAAAUUAUUACAAUUGUUUUUAUCAGUUAUCAAUUUUUUUGAAGUGAUACUGAGGUGUUAAAUAGAAUCAAGAAUAUUGUUUCUGGUCAUUUCACGGGGCCUUGGUCGACUUAUGGCGAGGUUACGACGGCCACUCGUAACCUUUGGUGGCAGUUGUUCAAGGUAAAAAUAAAUAAUUUUUGUUACAUUUUAAUAACUUAAAUUUGACAAAUGAUAUAUCAAUGUUUUAAAUGAAGGCCACCCAUCGAUGGCAUCCAACCCUAGACCAAGCUAUUCUCAAAGAAUAUAAUUCUAGGAUCUCGAGGUGGUUGAGACCCAACUUUAGGACUGCCCGGUCUUCCGGUAGAAAGCCAAAAUUCCUUGGCGAUGAUGUGUGGGAGAUGUUUUGUCAACAAUGGGCCACGGAUCCCAUAUUUUUUUAUGAGAAGCAAAGCUUCCAAGGCAAACCGGAACUCGGAAAAAGCCAAGGAACUACAAUGGCACGGGGGCCGCAAACCCUGUUAACAUAAAAAAGAUCUCGUAAACUUUAAUUAAUUAAAUUUAUUUCAUUACAUUCCCUGAUGUAGAUAUUACUUUUUAAAUAACUUUUAAAUCCUUGUAGGAAGGAUCUGGACCCGUGAAAAAGAGGGUCACAUCAUGGAGUCUCAUGAAACAUUGUUGGACGAACAAGAUGCUGGAACGCCGCCUCCACGCCUUUCCGAAAUUGAAAAGAAUUAUGAGGAAGAGCGGGGGAAGAAAGAUAAUGAGCUAGGUGACUCGGAUGCUGAACUUGGUGAAAGUCAAGAUGAUAUGACCAUCUUGGCGGCAACCGGAGUUUACAAGGGCCGGGUGCCGCUUAUGGGUUCUGAAGGUAUACGGAUCCUGCAGAAGUCCAAAGGAGCUAGCUCAUCUUCUCAUUCGGUGUAUGAUGACCGGGUUACCCGCCUCAAGAAACAAUUGCAGGAACGUGAUGUAGAGGUUCGAAAGCGGGAUGAAGAGGCUCGGAUACGGGAUGAAGAGGCAAGAAGAACUAGAGAGGUUAGAAGAGCUGGAACGCCAAAUUCAUAUUUUCAACGUCAGCUCUUGCCAAUCCAUGCACAUACAGCACCCCGAGACUAUCCCACAAAUUCCCUUCAUGGGCGGUAUGGGCAUUGUGGGUAGUAUGGGCAGUAGAGGUUUUGUUAAUUACAGCCAUCUCUCCAACAAUUUGCCAUAUGGAUAUUAUGAUACUCCAUCCCUGACUCCCGGAGGCCAAGCAAACCGUGGCUGCAGCCGAGCUGGCAGCCGUGGUGGCAGUCGAGGCAGCUAUCAUUGCGGCAGUCGUGGCCAUGGCAUGCAACCUGAACAUCGCGAGGAACCUUCUCAUGAUGAUGAUGAGGUUAUUUAUGAAUUAUGAUGGCCAUGACCGUUUGUAAUAAUUAGUUUAUUUGACAUUUUAAUGUUUAUUAAAUUAUGGUUACUAUAUGAAUUUUAAUGAUUUUUGUUAUAUA